CACAGCAUUAAUCUAUGCUCGAAUCAAUCCGCCUAGCCGUUAGCCAAUCAGAGCGCGUCCUUCAGGUACGCCCUCCCACUUCAGAAGCGGAGAGAGAUGAACAACAACAAACAUGGCGUCUCCCAUGGAGCAGAGUGUUCCCGUUGGAUCAGACAGAAAACGCAAGAAAAAUGUGGAUUAUAAAUGCAUCACACACAUAUCAUCGGUAGACAAAGAACGGACACAGCCACUAACAGUUGUUCGUUGGAAGAAGCUGGUUGUAUGUGCCCGUAAGUGGCUAGAAAUUGACGGAAUCGACCGCACGUUGGCGGAGGCUGUAUGUGUACACGAUGAGUCCGCCAGAAAUAACAAUGACGAUUCCACGUCAGCCCUGGCUUGUCCAGACGAAAAUCUUUCUAGAUUCUUGGAGGUAAACAAACUUGGUUUUCAUCCAACUUGUUAUAGGCGUUUCAUUGAUAAGAAACGAAUUGCCAGUGCUGAAAAACUAGCAGUAAAACGGGGAGCAUGUGGUGGUGACAACAAUGGUUCUGAUUCUGAUCACGAGUCUUCCACAACCACGUCCACGACUAGCCGGCCACCAUCUCCAAAACGGUUGAGAUCCACGACUAAAUCAUCGAGCUCUGGCAAUGUACUUCCUGCUGUCUGUAUAAUUUGCAAGAGGGCUGACCGCUUUGUGAAAGAAGGACACAAGACAAAGAAAGAUAAAUUGGUCCAAGCAGAAACUAUAAAUGCUGGGAGUUUGGUUAAAGCAGCUGAACUGAAAAUGGACGAAUCCAUCCUCAAGGAUGUACGUGGAAAAGAUUGUGUCGCAAUUGAAGUGCGGUACCACAAACGGUGCUACAAAGAAUAUACAAGAUUUCUGGGGGCUACAACAAGUGAUGAAAGGAUGCCAAAAGCCUGGGAGUAUGCCACUGUGUACACAGAAUUUUGUGACAAAAUAAUUUGGGGACAGUUGAUUAAAAAACAGGAAAUCUUCAGGAUGAAAAAGCUCUCUACCCUGUUCCAGAAAAUGAUACGAGAACACCAUGGUCAUGGAAGUUACAGAUCAGAUCUUCUGAAGAAAAGACUGAGGCAAGACUUUCCCCAACUAAAUUUCUACAAGCCUCCGAGGAAAAACCUAAGUGAAAUGGUUUUUACAGAAGCUACAGGACUUCUCAACAAGGGUACAUCUACUGAAACUGAGUCAUCAGGAUCGCAAGAGACUUUGUCGAGUGGUGGAGAGACAGUUCAGGAAAGUGGUACAUAUGCAGCACAACAAGACCGUACCAGAAUCAUUUAUAGUGCAGGUAUAAUUCUUAAACAAGCAGUUAAGAGUGCCCCUAACAUGAGUGCCAAUUGGCCUCCUACAUCUGAGGAUCUAAAUAUUUCCUCAGCUAGAAAGAUUGUGCCAAUUGAACUGUAUAAUUCACUUGCUUGGUGCAUAGGUGUAAGUGAUGAGUUGACAUUAUCUAACAUGGUAAAUGUAUCGGAGGAGGUUGAUCUUCGUUUAUUGUCAAUCUGCCAAGAUAUUAUUUAUUUAUCCUCAAAAGGUAGAAAUCAAACCCCAAAAUCUCUAACACUUGGUUUAACUCUGCGCCACUUGACAGGGUCAUUUCAGGUUGUAAACCUGGUAAGUAAACUUGGUCACUGUGCCUCUUGGGAAUCUGUAGUAGGUUUGGAGACGAGUCUUGCUCAGCUUCAGUUGUCCAGAGGUUUGGAUCUCCCACAAGGGUUUGCCAGUAAUAACUUUACUGUUCUAGUGUGGGACAAUAUAGAUUUUGGAGAGGAAACAUCAUCGGGGAAGGGUACCACCCAUCACACUAAUGGAAUCAUGAUUCAGAGAAAGUAUUCUGAGACUCUAAUUCCCCAGGCUCAAGUGGAGGUAAAAAAAGGUGUAAGGUCCUUAAAGCCCCAGGAAUUGGUCCUUGAAGUAUAUCGUCGUAGACCAAGGCAAGGUCCAGGCAGUGUGACUGAUAAGUCGAAGGAUUCUGAAGAUAUUCAUGUGGAAAACCUUAGGUUGUCCAAAUCGUUAGACUUUGCUUACAUUUUGUCAAAGUUCACUACCUGUGCUUUGGGCAUUAUUCCAGGUUGGACAGGGUUUAAUAUAGCCUUGACCAAAGGUCAGACUUGUGAAAAAUCUGUGAUCUAUUACCUUCCAGUUAUCGAAGCCUCUCCAACAGAAAUGACAACAGUCAAUACAAUUCUAAAGAGAAGUAUUGAGAGAGCGGACCAGUUACAACUUCCCCACAUUGUUCUUGUCUUUGACUUAGCAAUAUAUGCAAAGGCACAAGAGAUACGCUGGCUUGACGAUGAUAUCCAGAAAAGGGUUGUGAUCCGUCUUGGUGAGUUUCAUACAUGCAUGUCUUUCUUAGGAAUGAUCGGGAAACGGUUUGGUGAUGCAGGGCUAUCUGAUUUGUUAGUAGAAGCAGACAUUGUUGCAAAAGGUUCGGUGAAUGGAGUAAUUUCAGGCCAUCACUAUAACCGUAGUAUUAGAGCUCACAAGCUUCUAUAUGAGGCAUUACAGCGCCUGCGAUUUGCUAACUUUGUCGCCUCAUUACCUGAUGAAGAAUCAGAAAGGAUAAAUCAAGUCAUGGAAACUUUGAAAACAUCAUAUCAUUUGUCGCCUAUGUCGGUUUUUGAUCUCAUCCAGGCUGAAGAUUUCCAAGAUAUCAUGAGUUGUUAUCAGAAGUAUGUUGAUACUAAGAGUGAAUCUAGUCCUACAUUUGCACUUUGGAGUUCUUAUCUAGAUAUUGUCCAGGUAUUACUUAGCUUUAUCAGAGCAACCAGAGAGUCCAAUUGGAAUUUGCAUAUUUCCACUCUAAAGUAUAUGCUUCCAUGGUAUUUUGCAUAUGACCACAUAAACUAUGCCAGGUAUCUUCCAGUUUAUUGGCUUGAAAUGAUGAACUUGUCAGACACCCACCCUGCAUGCUAUGAAGAAAUCUCUGAGAAAAGAAAUUGGACUGUUCAACGCCAAGAUGCAUAUGGAUUUUCAUCCAUUGCAUGUGAUCAGGCUAUCGAACAGACAUGCAACCGUGACACCAAAACUAGUGGUGGGCUGAAAGGUAUCACACUGAAUAGAGGAGCAACUCAGAGAUGGGUUCUUGCACAACCCCAUCGUGCUGCCAUAACACGACAGUGUGAAUCAAUGGCCGGUCUCAGUCACGAGACAAGGAGCUCCAAAGAACUUGACCUGUCUCGGAUGAAAAAGAAUGAGAGUGACAUCAGAUCUAUAAUAGAUUCUGUUGACAGCAUGAUCAACCCAUUCGAGUACCAAGGAAUGGAUCUUGUGUGUCUGAGUUCAGGGGCAGUUGCUACAGAGGAAAUAAAGACAGACCUCCUUGCAGCAAAACUUAAGGGUGAGAUGGCUGUUGAUCAGUAUAUCUCGGAGCGCUUGGUCACAAACAAAACAGAUGUGUUCAGACCUCUGAAAAUGAUGAAGCUGAAGACCUUCAAAGACCUCCAGAAAAAGCCAUCCAAAAAGUCAUCUAAAGACUCUGAUGUGAAGAAUGAUCGAAACAUAUUUGCUAGGCUACUUAUUAUUGGUCAAAAUAGCAAGGUAGAUCUACAUGAAAUCCUGUCUUAUUCUCUUGGGCCAGUUUCAUAUCCUCUUGCAGCUGAUGAUGGCACAAAACUUGCCAAGACUAACAAAGCAGCUCUUCUAAAUUUUAUAGAAGAAAAGGUGACAGACUGUCUAUUUGAUGGAAAGCCAGAUGAUGCAGCACUGAUGAUUGAUGGAAUGGCAGUUUUGCAGUCUGUUAGCUCUGUUCCGAGCACAUUUGGUGAGCUAGCUGAUAGAAUACUCCAGGUUGUCAUUAGCCUUGCUUGUAAGUAUAGCUGCAGGCGAGUUGACUUUGUUACUGACCGUUACCCUACUAUUAGCAUAAAAAAUAUUGAGCGAUCACGGCGAAGCUCUUCAGGGACCCAAAAAACAAGUAUAUACAGCAAAGAUCAGAAAACUCCAAAACAGUGGAAUAAAUUCUUAUCAGAUGGUGACAACAAAGAAUCCCUAGUGGAGUUUCUUUUCUCUGUAUGGAAGGAUGCUGAUCUCAGUUCGCUAAAGCAGGACAUUGCCAUUUUUGUGGCUCAUGGAAAGGAUUGCCAUCUGUUGAGGUAUGUUGGUGGUAAAGUUAAUCUGUCUGUUGUACCGGAGCUGACUUUAUGUGACCACGAGGAAGCAGACACCAGGCUUUUACUACAUGCUAAUCAUGCUGCUAAGACGUUUAGCUCUGUCAUUAUCAGAAGUCCUGAUACAGAUGUUGCAGUUAUCGCUAUUUCUCUGAAGUCUUGUUUGCCUGCUCACUUGAAUCUGUUCUUCUUAACCGGUACGCAACAGCAUACGCGUAUGAUUGAUAUCGGCAGAGUUGCUUCUUUUCUAGGUGUUAAGAUAAGUGAAGCAUUAAUUGGGCUCCAUGUUUUUACAGGCUGUGAUUCAGUCAGUGCUUUCUUUGGCAAGGGAAAGAAAAAGGCUUUGGAAUUACUGAUGAAAGAAGAGAGAUUCUGUGAUGCUUUUAUCAAACUAGGUCAUAGUUUUGAUUUGGAAGACAGAUGUAGUUCUGAACUGGAAAGGUUUGUUUGCCAUUUAUAUGGUCAGCAGGUGUCAAAUGUGAAUGAAGCACGGUACAACCUAUUUUGCGUGUCUUCUCCUUCAGAGAAGCUUUUGCCUCCUACAAAAGAUGCCCUCUACCAGCACAGCUUGCGAGCCAAUUAUCAAGCAGCUAUUCACCGGAGAUCGCUUGAGCAACAGAUCUGCGCUCCUUCUCCUGAGAGUCAUGGCUGGAUUUUAGAAGGUUGGGCAUUGUCUAUAAAGUGGAUGACUAUCGCUGCGGCCCCAGAUGUGGUUCUUAAAACAUCUCGCUGUUCUUGUAAAGUCGGAAAAUGUUCUCAGGGUAAAUGCUCCUGUUUAAAAGCAAAAGUCUCUUGUUUCUUUUCCUGCAAAUGUGUGGACUGUGAGAACCGUAAUGCUACACCUGAUGAAUUGUCUCUCCAGACAUCGGAGAGCAUUGAUGAAAUGCCAGACUCUGAAUCAGAUGAAAGUGAUUUUGAUUAUUCAUAAUUUCUUUGUGUUUUCUAUUGUAAUUCUGAAGUCGUAGCAACCUGAAGUGAUCCUAAAAAGUUUAACAUCUCAUUGUUUAAAAACAGAAAUGUCUUUGUGCCUAGUUUUCAUUGUUCAAAUUUUAGCUGUGUUUCAGUUGUUUCCUAAAAUUUUGCUUUCAAUAUUGUAACUGGUCUGCUAGGUGAUAAAAUUAACACCACUUUUCAUAGUUAUUAGUUAACCAGACACAAAAGGAUAUCUUGCUAUUAGAGUUUUUCAAUUGAAAAUUCAAAGAAUUGCAGUUUUCAUGUGCAAUAAAGAUAUAUUUUGGGAGAUGUGAAAUUGUUAAAAAGUGUGUUUUUUCAUUUAGAAUAACUGAUUACAUAAAGCACGCAGAACAUUGCCGCUUUAUAAGCUCUGAGUAAGUAUGAAUGUCUGUGGGAAUCAAAAUUCUGAGUCCGAUCGCCUUAAUAAUAAAAAAGUUACAAGGGUUUGAAAAUGCUAGAAGACCCAAAUUUGUCACUUUUUCGGGUAAACUGCCACCUUUGGCACCCAUUUUCUCAAAUACUGGCAGGAAUCCUAUGGAGAACUUUUUUUCCCAGCUCGAGUACAUAUUUAAGAUUAGAAAACUGCUUUCGAAAAGUAGUCCCCAGGUUAGUGGAGCGAAAUCCUAUUUCUAGCCUCAUUUUGAGCUUCAGCCU